AAAACAGAAGAAGAACCACGGUCGAACUGUGCAAAUUAUCCUACUGACUGAGCAAGGAAGUAAACGCUGGGCAGGAUGGCGAUGAAGUGGCUGCGUUUUUCCUUCCUCGUCCUGGGGGUUUUGUCAUUGUGCUGUGCCACAUCUGGUGAUAGCAACAGCAUAAAGAAAAUGAAGAUGCAGUUUGCUACGGGACCACUUCUCAAAUUUCAAAUUUGCAUCUCCUGAGGGUACAAGCGGGUGUUUGAGGAGUACACGCAGGCCUUGUACCAGCGGUACCCAGACAUCCGCAUUGAAGGGGAGAACUAUCUCCCUAUGCCCAUCUAUCGACACAUUGCUUCCAUCCUGUCUAUUUUCAAACUGCUGGUGAUUGGGCUGGUUAUUGUUGGCAAGGACCCAUUCGCCCUCUUUGGUAUGCAAGCCCCAGGUAUCUGGGAGUGGGGUCAGGCUAAUAAGAUUUAUGCCUGCAUGAUGGUGUUCUUCUUCAGCAAUAUGAUUGAAAACCAGUUAAUGUCUACAGGAGCUUUUGAAAUCACAUUAAAUGAUGUGCCCGUCUGGUCAAAACUGGAAUCAGGUCAGCUGCCUUCCAUGCAGCAGCUUGUGCAGAUCCUGGACAACGAGAUGAAGAUGAAUGUUCACAUGAACACAAGACCACAUCAUCACUCAUAACCCUGCUCUCCAAUCCCUGGCUGGAGCUAAAAAGCCCCUCCAUGUUUGAGGUGGGUUUCUCAUGAGGCUGUGAAGUGAUGUUUAUGAAGGUCUGCGCUGAAGGCAGGAAGACUGCUAGCACAGACUGGAUGCUCUCAUCACUCUUCACCAUGCCCCUUUGAGAGGUCCUGCCCCUGACUCCAGAGUGGGAUCCAUGGCUACAGAGCCGGACCUUCAGUUGUUUUCUUGUACUAUUCGUACUACUGCAGAUAUCAUCCAGGUGACAUCAGUGGUCUCAUUAGCAGAGAUUUAACCUUUGAUUCUUAACUUGUUGCAUAUAAUUGAUAUGUGUAAAAAACAAAGUUAUUUGUACCGUUGAGCCAUAUGUAGAAUUUUAAGUUUAUUGUCCUAAAAGUAGUUUAGCCAUGUAGAAAAUACAACACUUCAAAACAUGUUGUGAAAAUAACAUUGGAGAAUCAUGUCUUGGUAUGAUUUCUGAAUAAUUUUUAUAUUGACAUAACUUGGAGAAAGCUAAGACAAUUAAUAAAACUUAACUAUUUAACUGUGAA